AAAAAGAAACAAACCUCACAGGAUUUAAAGGCGGGCAGAAAGCAAAUCAAAGAAAGACGACAAUGGCUUGAGAGAGAGCAGGAACUGGAUGUUUUUCUUUCCCAUGUAGGAGUCGAGGAGCUUCAAGAAGACUGUUUCCACAUUUGUUUCCCUCAUCAUGGUGGAUCUAUUUUUAGACCGAGUUCUGGUGAAGAACAACUGGGACCAGGAUCAGCUCAACACAGAGCGAGAGAUCACAGGGAUCCUCGAAAACCGCAUUCUCAUGCUGUUCUUUGCAUCUGCUGAGUGUGGAAAGUGCCAGGACUUCCUCCCUGUUCUCAAUGACUUCUUUAAGAAACUGAAAGAUCCGGCGCACAUCGAGUACCCCAAACUGCUCACACUCGUCUACGUCAGCUUGGACCAAUCAGAGGAGCAGCAGGACAGAUUCCUCAAAGAGCUCAACAAACUGAUUCUAUUUGUGGCCUUUGAGGACCCAUACAGGAAAGAACUGCGGGCCAUGUUUAAGGUGAGCGACGUACCCACAGUCAUCGUCCUUCGUCCUGACGGCUCCCUCCUCUCUCCGAACGCCGUGCAGGACAUCUGUCGACAGGGUUCAGACUGUUUCCAGGACUGGCAGGAGUCUGCGGAGCUCAUCGAGAGGACCUUCAUGUUCAACGAGGAGUAUGACAACCUGAACCCGCGCAGUGCCACCGACCCCGUGAGGAGACUCAAGUACAAGACAGAGGACGACAAGAGGAAGAAGAGGUGGUGGAAGUUCUGGGGGAAAAAUGGUAAAGAUGGAUAUGAUGAGGAAGAAGAGAAAGACGGGGACUGGGAUUCAAAGAGAAAGGACGGAGAGCAUGGACUUUGGAGGAGAAGAUGAAGAGAAUAAAUAAGAAUGAGUUUUAUGAAUAUAACUCUACAUAAAAUCUAUUUUGAUUGUUUUACAGUGUGAGGAACCUCAUGAAUAUUUCAUUCUUGGUUACGGAUGCUGCAGCAUCUUUACAGACUCUUUAGAAAAACACUUCAAAUAUUUUCUCUCCCUUCAGCGGAUUUGAAAGUAGAGUUUUCUAAAAGAGGUGAAGUAUGCUGGCUUUAUUGGCAGGUAAAAGCAAAACAUAGCCGUGCCUGCCUGCAAGAAUCUCAACAGUCUGAAAAAAAUCAACUGAGUCACUCAGCAUAGAGAAGAGUUUCUAUUAAUAAUAUUUUAUAUUGUAUUUUUAUAGACUACUCUACUUCUCAUUAUUAUUAAAGUAUCUUAUUAUUGCUUCGAAGUGUUAUCCAGUCCAAUAUCACACCUUGUUAUUGAGUUAUUUCGACUACGUGGUCUUGACUCGCUAAGAAACUCAGCUUGGAAUGCAGAGAAGCAGAGGGCUGCUGGUUUGGCUUUUAAGAGUGCACUCUUCACACAGAGGAUACAAUCCUGUCGCAGUGUUUGCUGGUUCAUCUCCUGACUUCAACCCCUUGUUGCAUGUCUUCCCUCACACUCUGCAUUACCUGUCUCUCUUCAGCUGUCCUGACAUUACAAGGAAAAAAAAAGUAAAUGAAGUUAGGUUUUAAUGGUUAGAAGAGCAUAUGCCACUGUUUCCAAACAAAGAAGCAAACAUGUGAUUUUAGAGUAUGUCUCAAAAGAAGGAAAGCAUCAAGACUAAGAAUCUCAAUUUAAAGCUCCACACAUGAACCUAUGUGCGUUAAAGAGCAAAUGACUACGUGUAGUAAAGUUACGGGGUAACUGUCUCUGACGAACCUGAAUGUGCAGCUCUUUUUUCUCCUCUGUUAGCUUAUUGUGGACACAUAGUCCAGUUUACAUCAACCGCACUCCAUGCAUCAGGCAGCUGUUCAAGCCAAAAUUAUUCAUUAACCAAGCAGAUUGAAAAUAACCUGCAACAACAAUUGAGGUUAAGGUUUUUCAGAGGUGACCAAACUGGAGUGUAAAGGAGAACAAUAUCACAGCUCAUUCGCUAUCACCUGACCACAAUAUGUCCUCAGGGAGCAGCGAACAUCAUUUUGAGGCUUCCAGUGUGUUAAAUGACUUCCUGUCAUUUCUUCAUUUAUCCUUUGCUGCUGUUUUGCAAAGUCUGACUUGCAGCUUGAGAAGACAGAACAAAGCUGAGCGUGUAUCGUUAGCUGCUCUUGAAUGCAGAUAACUUUGGAUCACAUUUACGCCCUCCAUGUUCUGCUUUUCUGUACUGCUGAGCGACAUUAUUCAUACCACGACUGAAAGCAGAAUACUUCAGAUCCCAAAAACUGAGACACUCUGCUUUUUUAUGCAGAAUCUGUAAAGAGGGAUUAGAAGGAGUCAAUAGAGCUCUUAAGUUUAUCGAGUGGCAAGAAGCACGGUUUGAAAAGUUGCUCAGUGUCUGCAGGUUGUGUAAGAAAAAUUAAAUGUUGCACUAAAUGUCUCCGAACACAUGCAAAGUUGUGAUUUUUCCAGCUUUAAUGCCCCCACGAGAUCAAAUAAAUGAUUGCUGCUUAAAACGGGAAAAGGUGCUGGUGCCUGCUUGUGUUUUAACAUUGAAAUCAUCAAUAAUCCAUCAAGCACUGUGGACGACAUUCAAUGUUAGAAGUUUGUUUUGCUGUUUUUUUGUUGAACAUGGCGCUUAACUUGAGAUGAAUUUGACUUUGUAACUGAAUAGUUCAAUGAGCAGUAUUGAUCUACACUGAACAUUAAAUUCCCUAUUCUGCAAAGA